CAUCAAUAAACUCCCUCCCUCCCAACCGUGCCUCGUCGCAGCACGCUUGCGCUCAACAAAAGCUUGUACUGCACAUCACAUCCCACUCCCCUACCUUGCUCAAGGCAAAUCAAUCAUGCUUCUCUGCUCAUGACGGAGAGAGACAACCUCCUCCGGCCGCCUCCCCGUUGCGCCUCCUCCUCCUCCUCCUCCUCCUCCUCCUCCUCCGUCCUCGCCCGCCGCCGUCGUUACCGCCGCCGACGAAGCUCCGGAAGAUGAGGAGCCUCGCCGCCCGGCUGACCGCCGCGUUUGGCGACCCCGUCACGGAUCCCGAUGAGGAGACGUUUCUGCUCUACGCGCGCCCCAUGCCCUCGCAGGACCUCGGCUUCGUCGACCCCCGCGCCGCGUCCCUCGAGGUGCCCGUCCGCGGCCGCGAGUACACCAUCCACCAGUCGCCCUCGGUCCUGGCCUCGUCGCGCGCCGGCGGCACCACCGGAGCGGGUGUGUUGGACGCCUUUUCUUUCUCUUGCCCCUCUCUUCCCCUUCCUUCCUCCUCCUUCAGCCCCCUCCCCUUCGCUCGACCUGAUGAUAUCCGGCGUUCACUCCUCCUAUACCUAGUUUCAGCGUCCCCCAAAUCCGCGUGUCAAAAACUGACCUCGACGGCGGGUUUAUGUGAAUGACUCUAGUCCUCUGGCGGGUAACUCCCCUCUUCGCCUCGUGGCUCGCCACCCCGAACACGGAGGGCACGCGGAACCACAUCCUCUCGCUCCUGCGACGCCCGCGCCCCUCCGUCGUCGAGCUCGGGUGCGGCAUCUCCCCGCUCUGCGCCCUGGCCCUCCGCCCGCUCGUCUCGUCCUACCUGCUCACCGACCAGCCCUACGUGCAGCGGCUGGUCACCAAGAACCUCGCCGCCAACCCUCCGCCCGCAUCUCACCCCUCCUCUUCUCACAAGAUCCCGUCGUCAAAAAGGAUACGCGGUGGUGUCGCCGCCGCCGCCACGGAUCAACAGCAGCAGCACGGCCACGUCCGCUUCCAACCCCUGGACUGGGAGACGGACCAAGUCACCGCCGACCUCGCCAGCCCGCACGGCGACAGCUUCGACGCCGUGGUCGCGUGCGACUGCGUCUUCAACUACGCCCUCAUCGCCCCCUUUGUGCAGACGUGCGCCGACGUCUGCGCCCUGCGCCGCACCUCAUCCUCUUCGUCCUCACACUCCUACUCCCAACCAUCCUCCUCCCGCAACGACGGGCACGGCGGCAGCGGCCAGCAGGACCAGCACCACCAGCCUCGACGUGCGGACGACGACGACGACGACGACGACGCGGGCGAUGAGGAUGGGGAUCCGUGCCUCUGCAUCGUCGCGCAGCAGCUGCGCAACGACGACGUCUUCCUCGAGUGGCUGCGCGCCUUCAGCGACAGGUUUAACGUCUGGCGCGUGCCUGAGGACGUCCUGCCCGAAGGACUUCGCCCCGGCGAUGGCUUUGUAGUGCAUGUUGGUGUCUUGAAGGACCAUGAGCAAAGACUUUGA